UUGUAGGUUCUCCUUUCUCGUGUGCGGACGUGUUUUCCUAUUCUUAUCGUGCGCUGCGCGGUAGCGGAGAGGGAAAACUGCAAAAAGGGAAAAUCUGCUUCCACGCGUAGAAAAGGGAAAACCUCGAGUACGGAACCCAAGCCAAUUAACCGAAUCAAUUUUUAAGCAAACUCUAGGGAAAAAUAAGUGAGAGUUAAGUUUGUGAGCAGCCCACAAGUGCAUUUAACUAGCCCAACAGUAAACCCCUAAGUAUCCGUAAAGCGAAAGAGUCCGCAAAUCUCUGAGUUAUAUUUAGAUAAAGUCGCUGUUUAUAUAGCCCGUAGUUAAUCAAAAAUGUGCUUAUCGGCCGAUGCUAAUGAGUCGGGGGUUCAGGUAAAUGGAGCUAACUGAUUGAGCAAAGAAAAAGGUGUGAAAGCAGCCUUAACAACAAUCACAGCAACAACAGCCCCUCAACCAUACAAAUCGAUAAAGAAUUUAAAAAUAAAUAUCCCAACGACGCUCCACGACGCUCUAUUGUUGCGGCGUAAUCAUAACGUGUAAUCCAUGCGAUUCGGUAACAAAACACUGCCAAAGUAAACCCCAGAACCACCGACUAAAAAGCACCUAUGGUCUAGGCAAGGACCAACCUCAAGAUAACCGAAAGCGAAACGUUAACGAGCAUUUAACAGGUCACUUAGAGGCAGUAGCAGUAGAAGUACAGCCACCAGUAACCAGUAAUCAGCCGCAGUAACUGGGUCAGUAGGCAGGACCCCGACUACACCGAUUGCCUGCCAAGCCACUCUCCAUCGAGGUCUUCAUCCUUCUUUUGCAUCCACCUUCUUUUCUCUUCAAAGAGACCCUGGACCAUGAACUCCUCGAGUGGUGACGAUGAGGCGCCCAAGGACCCGCGUACUGGAGGCGAGGACUUUACGCAACAAUUUACAGAGAACGAUUUCGAGGGACAUCGCGCACACACCGUCUAUGUGGGUGUUCAUGUGCCGGGAGGCAGACGCCAUUCCCAGCGCCGACGCAAGCACCAUCACAGCGGUCCUGGAGGUGCAGGUGGAGCUGGAGGCGGCGGUUCCGUCGGGGGCUCCGGCAGCAUGGGAGGUGCUGGUGGCGUCUCCAGCAAGGACAGCGGCAGUGAAAAGCAACAGGAAGUGGAACGUCCAGUAACACCGCCCGCACAACGUGUACAAUUUAUACUCGGCGAGGAUGUUGAUGUCGAUGGGACACAUGUAUCGCAUCCUUUGUUCUCGGAAAUGGGAAUGCUGGUGAAGGAGGGCGACGAGAUCGAGUGGAAGGAGACGGCGCGCUGGAUCAAGUUCGAGGAGGAUGUGGAGGAGGGCGGCAAUCGGUGGUCCAAGCCCCACGUGGCCACGCUCUCCCUGCACUCGCUGUUCGAGCUGCGGCGCCUGCUGGUCAACGGCACCGUCAUGCUCGACAUGGAGGCACCCAAUCUGGAGGUGAUGGCCGACCUGGUCUGCGACCAGAUGGUCAGUGCCGGCACCCUUCCCCCCGGCGUCAAGGACAAGGUCAAGGAUGCCCUGCUGCGUCGACACCGGCAUCAGCACGAGUAUGCCAAGAAGACACGGCUACCCAUCAUUCGGUCCCUGGCCGAUAUGCGCAACCAUUCGUCAUCGAAAAUGGAUGAACAGUCGGGCAACGCUUUAGGGGCCACCACGCCAAUAUCUCUACCGGCAAGUGAACCGGGACCGCCUGGCAGCAAUGGCAAUACGAGCUUAACCCCUGGCGGCGGCAUGGGGCGUUUUCUGACAGUGCCCGGAAAGCCCAGCAACAGAACGCUCGAGAAAAAAUCUAAUUCUAAAAACUUGCGACCCACACAAAACCUUCCGGUGAUCACAGAGGACAUGGUGAAGAGUCCCAGCAGCCAGUCGAUGGCACGUCCCAGCAGCGGAACGGAGCUCAACGAGCAGCAGCACAAGGGAAACACACACUUUAUGAGGAAGAUCCCUCCCGGUGCAGAGGCCAGUAAUAUUUUGGUUGGCGAAGUGGACUUUCUGGAGCGGACACUCUCCUGCUUCAUCCGCUUAAGCCAGGCAGCGCUCAUGGGCGAUCUGACAGAGGUGCCAGUGCCCACAAGAUUCAUCUUUAUUUUGCUUGGACCACCUGGUAGUCAGAGCAAUUUCCAUGAGAUUGGACGUGCCAUGGCCACCCUGAUGUCGGAUGAGAUCUUCCACGAGGUGGCCUAUCGGGCACGAAAGCGAGAGCAUCUGCUGGCCGGCGUUGACGAGUUCCUCGAUGCGGUCACCGUUUUGCCUCCUGGGGAAUGGGAUCCCACCAUUCGCAUUGAGCCGCCGGCGGCCAUACCCUCCCAGGAUGUCCGCAAGCGACCACCAGAGCUGCCAAAGGAGGAGAUCGACGAGGAGGAGGAAGAGGCGCGACUCAGAGAGGAGAAUGGUCUCUCACGAACAGGUCGUAUCUUUGGCGGUCUGAUAAACGAUGUGAAGCGAAAGAUCCCCUGGUACUGGAGCGAUUAUCGCGAUGCAUUUUCCAUGCAAUGCGUGGCAUCGUGGAUCUUCCUGUACUUCGCCUGCCUCUCGCCAAUCAUCACGUUCGGAGGCCUCUUGGCGGAGGCCACCGGCAAGAAUAUGGCAGCGAUGGAGAGUCUGGUGUCGGGGUUCGUCUGUGGCAUGGGCUAUGGCUUCUUUUCGGGUCAGCCGUUGACAAUAUUGGGUUCCACCGGUCCAGUACUGGUCUUUGAGUCAAUCAUCUAUGAGUUCUGCAUGAAAAUGGACUGGGACUAUAUGACAUUCCGGUUCUGGAUCGGCAUGUGGGUCGCCGGCAUUUGUAUCGUCCUGACCGCGAUAGAUGCCAGUGCUCUCGUCUGCUACAUAACCCGCUUCACCGAGGAGAACUUUGCCACCCUGAUUGCUUUCAUUUUCAUCUACAAGGCCAUCGAGAAUGUGGUUGUCAUCGGGAAGAAUUUCCCUGUGAAUCAAGGCAUAUACGAUUGUGUCUGCAUACCGCCGCCAGGCAGCAAUGCCAGUGUUGUGGAGUAUGCCAAAUACAACUGGGAUUAUUGUGAGCCGAACAAUGGAACUCUUGUUGGCGGCGACUGUGGUACUCCACCCACUGAGAAUGUCUUCCUUAUGUCGGUGGUUCUGUGCACCGGUACCUUCAUCAUCUCCACCAUUCUGAAGGACUUUAAGAACGCCCUGUUCUUCCCCUCGGCUGUGCGCCAGUACAUCAGUGACUUUUCCGUGCUGAUUGCCAUUUUUGCCAUGACAUUCUUCGACUACUCGUUGGGCGUGCCCACACAGAAGUUGGAGGUUCCUGCAGAACUGAAGCCCACGCUGGAUUCGAGGGGUUGGCUCAUUCCACCUUUCAGCGAACGGAAUCCCUGGUGGUCGCCGAUCAUUGCCGUGUUCCCCGCUCUACUGGGAACCAUUCUGAUCUUCAUGGAUCAGCAGAUUACAGCUGUAAUCGUCAAUCGCAAGGAGAACAAAUUGAAGAAGGGCUGUGGCUACCACUUGGAUCUGUUUGUUCUCUCAAUUCUUAUUGCCAUUUGCAGUGUGAUGGGUCUGCCAUGGUUCGUGGCGGCCACUGUUCUGAGCAUCAAUCAUGUAAAUUCCUUGAAACUUGAAUCGGAGUGCUCGGCCCCUGGCGAGAAGCCACAGUUCCUGGGUGUUCGCGAGCAGCGUGUGACACACAUCAUGAUCUUCCUAACGAUCGGUGUUUCGGUGCUGCUGACACCGCUGCUCGGUCACAUUCCCAUGCCGGUUCUGUUCGGUGUGUUCCUUUAUAUGGGCGUGGCCUCGCUCAAGGGUCUGCAGUUCUUUGAUCGCAUACUGAUCAUGUUCAUGCCAGCCAAAUACCAGCCAGAUUAUAUGUUCCUGCGACAGGUUCCCAUCAAGCGAGUUCACUUGUUCACCAUCAUACAGCUGGCCUGUCUGAUCAUACUCUGGCUAAUCAAAUCCUUCUCGCAGACGUCAAUUCUCUUCCCUCUCAUGCUGGUGGUGAUGAUCGGCAUACGCAAGGCCCUCGAUCUGGUCUUUACGCGUCGAGAGCUUAAAAUCCUCGACGAUAUUAUGCCGGAGAUGACGAAGCGAGCGGCCGCCGAUGAUCUGCAUCAAUUGGACGCUGAGGAUAAUCAUCAUCAGCAUCAGCAACCGCCCGGGGCGGGUACUGGCACAGGACCCAACUAUAAUCCGAAUAAUGCGGGUCCCACCACCAUACACAUUCCUCUCUCUGGCAGCAAGCCGGCAAGUGGUAAUGGAUCGGGCAUAAAUAUACCCCAAGAGGCGGUGAAUCGCACCACAGUCUGGCAGCAGAUCAACAAGGAUGGGAAUGGCAUAUCCGAGCAGCUCAUCAUACCAGUGACCGUCAAAGUUCGACAGAUCAAUGGAAAUCAUGCCUCAACAAAUGCCGCCCUCUCGCCGCGCCUAUCGCCCAUGCACGAGGCGGAUGAGACCGAAGUCACCAUCAAUACGUCGAAUCCAAGUCCACAGCAGCAGAUCAUCAACUGUAAGGAGGCGGCAGCCAAGCUUGAAGGAUCCACGGUCACCAGCCAGAAUCCAGCCAACAUAACACCCGUCUAAGGUCUACCUACCGAUCAGGAUCAGAUUUAUACCGAACAAAUGCACAAAACAUACACUCAAACACACAUCUACUCGUAUUGUAGUACAUACUUCUCAUAGAAAUACCAGUAUCAUAAUCUCUAAACAGAGUGGAAAGUCUUUCUCUGUACUUUCUAUUCAAUAUAUAGUAGUAGUUUUUUCACCACAAACAUUUUGGUAACGAUUUUUAGCUGUACCAAGGGCAAAGAAAAGCGACAAAAAUCAUUGGAUUUUUUUGCUCAGGUACAAGCUAUAGAAGUAUUAUUUAUAAAUAUGAUAAAUAUAGUAACCCAAACCAUUCCAAGUAUACACAUUUUUGAGGCGAUUUUUUAUAGAGACUAUGGUCAAUUCCAACAAAAACUGAUCGAGAAGAUCCCCGAGACUUCGGUUCCACCGAAGCAGAACCAUUUUCCUAUAUGUACUCCUCUUUUGGCUGGAUUCAUUCUGCGUUAUGGGGGGGUUGGAGUAGAGUUUUAUAAGCUGUGAUCUGAUGUGAAUUUUAGGGGGGGGAUUUUAGAAGAAAGCCACUCAUUUAGCCUCGCCAAGACGGAGAAAACAUUGUAUUAUAAUUUAUGCCUUAACCUAAGUUACAAAAAAUCACUACACAUCCCACACACAUCCAUGACUAUACCUAUAUAAAAUAUAACUAUAAAUAUUGAAUAAAAAUUAAUGUGGAAAAUACACCAAUUACCACAAGAAGCAAAAACAGCGAAACCGAAACCGAAAUAAAAUCCGAAACCCAA